AUGGCUCUGAGUACUCGGGCCCACGCUUUCUCGGUGGAAUCUCUGGUGGGGCACUCUCUAAAGAGGAAACUGGAAGAAGGCGAGGAUGGGAAGGCGAGAGACCGGCCCGGAGACACGCUAAAACAAGCCCAGAGCUCCAAGCAGAGAGAAAAGCAACAAUCAGGUCGGUCACCCUUGUGGGACUCCGAAGGUCUUCAACUGGAACUGCAAGGCUCCGAGCUUUGGAAACGAUUUCACGAGAUUGGGACAGAAAUGAUUAUCACUAAAGCCGGCAGGCGCAUGUUUCCCGCUGUUCGGGUGAAAAUCAAAGGUCUUGAACCGGCCAAGCAGUACUAUAUUGCCAUGGAUAUCAUCCCCGUGGAUUCCAAAAGAUACAGGUAUGUGUACCACAGUUCACAGUGGAUGGUGGCCGGAAACACUGAACAGUCCCCGUUAACCCCCCGUCUCUACGUGCACCCGGACUCGCCAGCUUCCGGGGAGUCCUGGAUGAAACAAAUCGUUAGUUUCGACCGGGUGAAACUUACCAACAAUGACAUGGACGAGAAGGGGCAUAUUAUUCUCCAGUCUAUGCACAAGUAUCGGCCGCGAAUCCAUGUGAUAUUGAAAGAAGCAGAUGAACACGUGUCUGUGAACCAAAUCCUCCCGCCUAAUGGAGUCCACACGUUCGCUUUCCCUGAGACUGAAUUCACAACUGUCACAGCUUACCAGAACCAGCAGAUUACAAGGUUGAAAAUUGACAGAAAUCCUUUCGCCAAAGGUUUUAGGGACCCCGGGAGAAACAGGGUUAAUCUAGAACGGGUGAUGGACAAUUAUCCCUGGAGAACUGUAGAGUGCCGACCAGCGCUGGACUUCCAAACUUUCAACAUCCAAAAACAAAUUGGGUGCUCUGACUCUCGGCUGGGCACCUCCUCGGGUGUGCCCCCGGCUCCUCUGGCCUCAGUGCUCUCUCCAACCUGCUCCUUCCGCAUGAGCUCAGCUUCCCUGGGGAUGAGCUGCCGAGAGUCCCCGCUGUGCGGCGUGGACGGCCCGCUCUGCUACAAGCUGGGUGCGGCCCCUCCAGCUCUGGCCUGGCCUCUCUAUGACAGGCUGAGGGUGAGCAGCAGUAGCGACAGCAACAGCGACCUCCUGGUGGCGCCCAGGUCUCCGCCGCUCAUGUUCCGCCUCCCGGCCUUCUCCUCGGCCGGCGUCCUGACCGCGAACGCCGGCAAAGGGUUCAACUGCAGCGGCCGCGACUCCCACCUCGGACCCGGCGUGACCCUCUCGCAGCUCCCGCUGAGGCAUCCGGCGGGCGCCGUGAACCAGGAGACCGCGGGCCAUCAGGACUUGUACGGUCCCCGCCGCCCUUACACUCUGUACGGGUACACACCCUCCACGCUGACAGCCAGCCCAUUGAAAGCGGCGGCUCGGAACACUGCAGCCUCUCCCGGCGAUGGGCUCCUGGCGGCCGGGAGGAACUUUAGGGACGCCAAGCUGAGCCAGUGGCCCCAGACCCUGGACCCAUAGCCUCAAGUCUGGGCUUCUGUACGGAGCGGCGGAAGAUGCGGAGAAAGCAACGCAGGAGAACCCCCUUCGGGGGCAGACAAGAGGGGCUGGGACUCGAGGGUUUUCUUAAAAUGAAAAUGACCGGAAUGCACGCUUAGAUAAAACCAGGAAUCAAGGUGGAAAUUCAUUUGCAAGUGACCACGUCUUUGGGGUUUACGUUCGUUCAGCAGUCUUAAAAAUAAAAUCAGCAAUGGAUACUGUGUUGACUUAAAAAGAAAAUAAUCUCGAGAACAGUAAAUAGUACACAAUUAAUUUAAAAAAAACCAACACGUUUCGUUGGAUUCUUCGGUUCACACGAAUCCUUCUUGGUUUUGUGUUUUUUUUUCCUUUUCUGGUCAUAGGUUUUGUUCAGCCUAACAAGUAUUAUUUCAAAUGCAUCCCGAAACUUUGGCACUUAACAAAAAGUCCGUUUCUUAAGUGUCAGAGCAGUGUACAGGACGGUUUAAGUGCACUUAUUAGCCAAUCCGAGUCCGCUCCCCAGUAUUUGAGAAUAAAAACAAAACUGGAAACACUCAACCGGUCUGGCAGCGUCUGAGCAGAAAGGAUCCGUGUCCUGUCAAUGACCUCUCCAUCUCUCCAGAGGAGCUGACCUGGCCUGUUUUUUUUUCCUUCUUUAUUAUUUCAGAUUUCCAGCAUCCGCCACAUCUUGCUUUUUUUUUCCAUUCCCAAGAUUGUUCGUCGGAAAGAUUGAAAUGCUUUUAGCAUAGUCUGCCUAUUUCAAUCAGAUUUGAAUCAGGUGCCCAUUUACAAAAAAAAAGCAGAAAAUUAGCGACUCCCUUAAACUGGCUUGCAAUUUCUUGUAUGACGCCACCGUAAACUUUAAACCAGUUUAUAAAGGCCUUGAUCCUCAUGUGUUUUGCGACCAUUCUAUAAGCGUUAAUUAUUUUUGGUCGUAUUUUUAACUGCCUAGAUUGCGUGCAUGUAUACAGCACACGCUAUAACACACAGCAUUCUCGCAUUGAGUUUGUAUGGGGCAGGGUCAGCAGCCGUGAAAUAUGGUGGGAUUGUUUCGGGCAGCCUCGCUGUUUACUUCAGUAAAGUGUUGAAGCUGCGUUCAACUUUGCCGUGGCGUUUGAGAGUCGACGCGGCAGUAUCUUAAAAAGCAGUGAUCGAAUCUAUAUUUAUAUCUACAAGCGUCUUCAAAAUAAAAUCUCAUGAUGGGAGACGGGCACCGCGCUAAUCAUAUAGAGGUACCUUGACCCCUGUGCAUCUUUGCACGCUUCUGAUAUUUCAGUUUAAAGUGACAAGAAGGCACUUUAACAAUUAGUCAAAUCAUGUAGUUUGUAAAGAUCCUGUCAAUUUGCAAACAUCGCCGAUUCAAGUCCAUUUUUAACUAAAUUAUUUACAAUUAGAUUUUGUGACUUUAAAAAUGAUAUAUCAAAUGAAAGGGAAUUGCAGAUUGUUAGGAGAGUACAUCAUUGGAUAUCAAAUGAUAGAUCUAUCGCCAUGGUACUGUCCGUAUUAUGUUGCUUACGACGGUAGACGGAAGAUUCAAUCUGUCUCAUCUAAGUGAGGUAUCUUGUGCAUCAGAAUACACUUACUCUUUCACACCUGUCCAAAUCCUUAUAAUCUCCUUGGCAACAAGCAGGAGAGCUCUCGUAGAAGAUUUAACUCUCAAUUAGUGUUAGGUUACUUUCAACGAAAAUAUGAAUCAUUGAUAGAAAAUCUUUCCAUAUACACUGGGGAAAAAAAAUAUUUGUUUAUAAUUAAUGGGAUAGGAAAUUCACUUGCUUCUUUUUUUUGU